AGUCUGCACACUUCGAAGGCCGCUUAACUUUCGUGAAAUGGGACAGCCUACCUAGCCAACGAAAAUUUCCCAUAGUGCUCCAGUGCCCUGUUGCCUAGCAACUGCAGAUGUUACCGCUUGUGAUCAAAUUUUUCCCGCUAAUCUUUCUUCGUUCAGAAAAAACAACCCCAAAAACAUGGAACCUGAAAUUUUACUUUUCUUUUUAUUCGUUUAUCUUUAUUUUGAGAGCGAGAACAUGUCGAGGAGGCGAACCAGACGAGCUCUCCUCGGGCUGAGAGCGCACCCUGUCCAGCACAGGCUACUGUACUGUGACAUCAACUUAUCAGUGCCUGUGCUGGACAGGUAUUUUGGAGGUGAGGACACCCGGCAGGAUUUCCGCCUCAGCAGGGAGGCCCUGGCAGUGCUUCUAGGUCUCCUACAGCAGGAAAGGAGGCAUGGAUGGGGUGCCACAAUUGAGACCCUUGUUUUUUUGUUUUGGUUGGCCUCUGGGGCAUCAUACAGGGUGGUCUCCAGAGUUUUUGGAAUGCCCCGUUCCACUGUCCACCGCAUCAUCCGCAGAGUCACUGAGGAGGUGGUGGCCAUUCGCCAUCCUGUCAUCCGCCUCCCAACAGCUGGAGCAGAUCUGGAAGCUGUGUCUCGUGGGUUUGCAGGACUGGCAAGACACCAAGCUUUUUCCAAAGCUGCAGGUGCUAUCGACGGCUGCCAUGUCAGGAUAAAGCCACCAAGCGGCCCUGAUGGUCACUGUUACAAAAAUAGGAAAUUAUUUCCAUCAAUAAUCCUGCAGACUGUCUGUGACCAUCAGGGCCGUUUCAUUGACACAUACGUGGGCUGGCCGGGGUCAGUUCAUGACUCCCGGGUGCUCCGACACAGCCCACUGUACAAGAGGUCACUGUACCCUCCUCCAGGGCACUUCAUUCUGGCUGAUGGUGGGUACCCUUGCCUUCAACAUCCACUCCCCCUCAUCACUCCCUACAAACGACCGCUGCGAGGUGUGGGAGCCCAGCACUUCAAUCACUAUCACUCCCGGGCACGCUCAGUAAUAGAGCUUGCUUUUGGGAUGAUGAAGAGCAGGUUUCGUGCCUGCAAGCGCUGGAAGUGCACCACACCUUUGCACCAUACGUCAUUACAUCAUGUGCCAUCCUCCACAACAUCUGCCUCGGGGUUGGGGACAUCGUGGACCCAGAGGAAGAGCCUGCGGAGGAUGAGCCAGAGGAUGAGGGGGAGAUGGAGUUGGAGGCAACCAGUGGUGCAACCUGGCGGGACCGACUGUCAGCCGAGGUGUCUGCCCUGGAGGAAGUGCCCCCUGAUUACCAGUAUUUAUAGAGUGACACGGCAGCCGUCGACUUUGCCAGCCCUGCAAACCCAAUCAGUGGAUGAUGCGGUGGACAUGGAAAGCUCUCUGGAGACCACCCUCAAGUCAGGAUCUCGAUUGUGGCAUCCCAGCCAACCUAACCAGCACUGCCAGGACCUCCCUGCUUGUUAUUGAGGGAGAACAGCCUGUCCA